GUCUGCAGCUAGGUACUCUUGGUCUACUUGAGCUUGUUGGAAGCAUCAACUUUUAAAAGAAAUUAAUUAAGCGAUUUUGGGCGAUGAACGCUUCGAAACAUCAUGGUCAAAGCCCACCCAUCAAUAGUUCAGGCAGGGGGCCGGCUCGAAAUACUGUCCUCAAAUCUCAACCAGACAUUAUUUCGCUGCCUUCUGUGUCCCAAAUUAAAAUUAACUACCAACAGGAGGAUCCAGAGGCACAUGGAUGCCCAUAUCAGCAAUGCUUUGCGUGUUCAAGGCAACAUCAUUUGCAGAUGCAACCAGCCGUGCAGGCCAACGGGUCAUUAUCAUUGCCCGUACUGUGAAAAAACAAUUCUACGCAAAGAAAAUAUGGAAACUCACAUGCACGGAUGCCAAAGUAAAACCUCCCCACCACUGACAUUGGCACCACCCUUAGGACCAUUAUCAGCAUCACAGCCAUGCAUUCCUGUUUCCCAGGAGGUUUCAAGGCUCCCGUGUCCUCCCACAACGUCAGCAGCACCCCCUUCACCUCCUACAACAUCAAAAGUACCUCUUUUUCCACCUGCAUCAUCAACACCGCCCCCUUCUCCACCUGAGACUCAUCCAACCCACCUUGAUCAGCCGGAGGAGCCUAUGGUGUCUAAUGCAUCAGUAGUCGAUCAAGACCAUUGUUACACGCUUCCAUUCCCAGUUUCUCACCACUCCCCUGAAGUGUUAGCGUUAUCAAGCGAUAUUCCUUCAGCUUCACAACCAGAGGCCUCGAGCACAGACACCUGUUCACCUGAGGCUUCAGAUGAGGCUGGUGCAACGUCUCAUGACACAAUGAACCUGCCAUCAUACGGUGUCAGAAGUUUAAAGUUGGCGCGGUGCCCUCACUGCUCGCUUCGUCUUUACAAGAAAAACCUGGGUGCCCAUAUACAGAGGAAGCACGCAGGGCUAAAGGAUAUCACUGCUGCUUCACACCUAAAAAACAUAUGUGUUGAUGAAACACGCGGAGUAUUUGCCGUUCAAAAAGUUGCUCAUGGGUUCUCUGUGCCGAUACAUGUGCAGCGUAAAACAUGGGGAAACCAUCAUCAGGUGAAGUGUGGCUUGGAGGAAUGUCACAAGUAUCAGUUGCUUGCAAAACAGAGUGGGCUAAUCUACAGUCUGUGUGAGCACAUUCGAUCACUGGAUUACUGCAGCAAGAUUGCUCACGAGGAGUUUCUUAACCCAGAGGUUCUGGAGGAAUUGGUCUCUCUGCGUAUUGUUGAAGAAUCUAUGAUGGAAACCUGCAAAUCGAGGCAAAAAGCAGCAGAGAAAGACCAUGUGCCUUUUUCUGUGUUAGUGGAUUUAGGAGGUUCCACUCAUCAACUUUGUCUCUCUGUUCAUGAGCCCAGAAUUCGUAGCUUCUCCUGCUUUGGCAGAGUUAUAGUCACUUAUAACUUGAAAAAACACUCCUGGCAUUGCCCCUGCACAAACCCUCGCAAAUCAUGUCCACAUAAAAGCAUCGGUAAAUGGCACGUAUUCCAAACCAGGAAAGAUCUGCUGCCCGCAUCAACUCAAGAGACAUCUCACUCUCACAGUUAUCGUGCGACCACAGAGCUGGACAGAAGUGUGAGAUACACUUAUGCAGAGAAGAAAAUACCAGCAACUCUUCCUGGAGACGCCACAGCUCCAAGAUCUCUGACAGAUUACCCUGUUUGUUUGAUUCCUACCGAAGAAACGUGCAAGCUCUGUCCAGGCCAUCCCAGAUUGGAAGAGGGUUUGCUCAUCACAGACAAAGCUACGAUUGUCAGCAUGAGCGGGAUGAAACAAAACAUUUCAACUUAUAAUAGGAGAUGCCCUGAAUGUCACAUGGACUAUCGGUACCAGGAGUGGCGAGAUGGUGUCCACAACUUCAAUGAUCAUGUUAUUCUGACUCUGGAGCUUUGUCUCUAUAUGCGGCACGGCCUGCUGAGCCAUAUGUCAGUGUCCAGAAUGAUUAGUUGCUUAGAAAGUUUUCGGGGUCAAAAGUUUCCUGCAGUCAGUGUUAUUUUCCAAGCAUAUUGUCACUUUGAGGCACUGAACAACACAGAGUACAGUUACUCCUGCGUAAAAUGUGGCUUCUUCCCUGCUGUUAUAAUUAUGGACAUCCACAGAAACAGAGUCCCCAAACUGGAGGUGAGUGAGCUGAAAACACCCCCUGAAGAUUUUGAUGGACUACACAACGUAGAGGACUUCUGGGACUCUGUACAUUUGGAAAUGAUUAGCCGAGGCUUUUUUCCCAGCUCCUCCACAAAUCCAUUUGUGGUUCGUCCAUGUUAUGAAAACUGGGCUCCUUGGAUUGGGAAGGAAACCCGCAAAUCUGACCAUGUCCUCAACACUGAAUUCAAAAAGAUGCUGACGUCCGAAACUGAGGGAGAACUGAGCAGUGUAACUGCAGACCUUCUUUGCGAGGAGUUACUAAAGCAAAAUGAAGCAACUCUUCAAAGUCUGUGCAAAAGUUGCAGUGUUGAAACGAGUGGAUCGCGUACAGAUCUGGUGAUUCGGCUGAGGGAGAAACUGAUGAAUCAGCAGACCUAUGCCGAAGCAUAUGAGUCUAUUUGGGGUGCUUCUGGUGGAUGGUCUGUAGUUGCAUGCCCCCAUGGCAUUGUUUACAGUCUGAAAUUCAACCUGCAGACAGAAAGUCCAAGAGAUUUCGCUGAUCUUCUUUUGUCAUGGAAACAUUUCCCAAAUGUGUGUCUGUAUGACUCUGCACACGGUUUGGCAACGCACACAAAUUCACGAGUCCCUGACAACCACCCAUUUCACCCACAUGAAGGAAAACCAGCAGCCCCGACAAAGGAGAACUUGGCCAAAGCAGUUCGUCGAAAACUGAAGGUGUCCCUGCAGUGGCUCAGAGAAAAACGUGAGCGUCCAGAGGAAGACGGACAUCCGAGAACUGGAUCAAGGCACCGUUAUGCGUUACAUGACAAGCUCCAUCAGAGCAACACAAAAGACCCACAUGAUGCGCUGCGAAGGGUCGAUCUGGUACCUGAACUCCAGCACUGUAUAAAAAGUAAGGCUGUAAAACACCUGUUUGCCGACAUGAGAAAAAACAAUUAUUUCCUCAACCGCAUGACACCAUCCACACACAUGUUCGUGAUGAGAAACCUGAUCGAGCACAGGAACACGAUUUGUAACACAGAGCUUCUGGAAACUUAACACUAAAAAGUUCAACAAAAACAGUGAUGUUCAAGUUUUAUGUCAGUAUUGUGAAAAUACCACAACAUGAAGCCUGUGUAGGUUUACAUACGGAAAAUUGGUUCAAACAAAUCUUUUUAUAUUGUUAGUGUGUUCCUGUAACAGUUUGCACACUUUUUGCACACCUCACAAUUUUGUGACGCUUAUACACUGUUCCUCAAUCGAUUUAUAGA